GCUUGCACCCACGCCUGCACCCACGUGAGCAAAGAGGGAUAGGGUUUCUCUCCCUGUCGAUUCACACCCGCAUUCGCGCCGCUCUUCCCACCCCUCUCCUCUCUCUUGCGAACGGAUCUCGUCGCCCCGUCGCCUUGUGGGCACGUCGCCGACGCGCAUCCUCUUCGCGCAGAGGAGUGAUGGCUGAGAUGGCGGCUGAUGGUGGGCAUAGCGGUGGGAAUCACCCAUUGCGCUGGACAUCUCCAAUGUCUGGGUUCAUGUUACGUCGCUCUGUUGAGCUCAUUGCUAGUGGAGUGAAGACGGAAAAGGGCUUUAAGGAGGUGCACCUAAACCAGGUGGCUAAGAAUUGUAGUGAGCACUUUGGUCUUUCCAUAACCGGGACCCAAGUGUACAACCACCUGCGCAAGUGGCGUGCUAGGUGGGUGAAGAUAAGUAAGCUCCGAGACAUUAGUGGGUCACUUUGGGAUGAUAACAACUAUAUCAUAUUGCUGGAGGAAGAGCACUACAUGGGCCAUAUCAAGGACCAUCCCAAAGAUGUUGAGUACCUCAAUGUGCUUUUAGAGAAUUAUGUUCAGAUGCUUGCUAUCUUUGGAAGUGGUAUUGCUACAGGAAGGUAUGCAAUGACAUCUAAUGAGGCUCUUGGGGUUCCUUCAAUGGUGGGAACCUCCUCAUCAUUUGUAAACCUUGAAGCUUGUGGUUCUGAAUUUGUUGUUGAUGGGAAUGAACCUGGCUUGAGUGCUACUGCUGCUGCUCAUGAGGAAACUGCUGCUGCUCCUCAUGGGAAGGAACCAUGUAAGGAUGCGUCUAGCUCCACUGGCAAAAGGAAGAGGGCUAGCUUGAUGAGUGAAGAAGAAGUCUUGGUCAUGAGCAACAUGUCCGAAGCAGUCCGUGAAGUUGCUAUUGUUAUCAAGUCCACCGGAGAGGCACAUCCUGAACUUUAUGAUGCUGUCAUGGAGCUCCCUGGUUUUACCGAGGAUGAUCUGUUAAUUGUCUUGGACUAUCUCAGUGAGAAUGCCAACAGGGCUAGGAGCCACUCAUUCGUGCAGAUGUCGGAGACUCGUCGCACUCGUUGGGUCAUGCACUACCUCUCCAAGGUCAACGGUGGAGUGCCCGUGCCCAAGGAAGGACUGCCCAAGGAUGGAAUGCCUGUCACCAACGAUGAAGUGCCCAGGGGUGGAGUGUGAGCAAAUAUGUUCCAAUUCAACGAAGCUGGCCAUAUUUUAUUGUACUUGGUCAGAAAAACUAUCCCCAUAUAUAUGUGAUGUAAAGACAAUAUAGAUUUGUGGCUAUCUAAUAUGUGAACUCUGGACUGUAAUAUGAACCACAUGGAUUUGUGGCUAUCUAAUAUGUGAACUCUAGUACGUCUUGAUUUAUGUGCUGGACCGGAAAAGAAGGAUUCUUUAGUUAUUUUGUACCAUAAA